UAUCAGCCAUUUUUCGGGGGACGAUGUACCGGACUGUUAAAUUUUUGGCUUCCUUUUAUGUCCACAAUGAUGGUAGGAGGAUACUAACGGUGAGACUGGAAGGUGGCGUAUUGCUUUUUGUUGGCCAAACACCAGGACUGUAGUAAAACUGCGCAGUAACAGUAUUAAGCCAGUGAUAACCUUUGGCUGUCUACCAAAGAAUCAACUUAGUGUUCUGGUAUUACAUGCUUCACACAUAGAUUCAGAUGGGUCCAUGAAAUGAGCAGUGAACGGGAGAAGCCUUCCCCUGCUGUGAAUAAUCAGGGGAAAAUAACUACACAAAAUCCAGAACUUUUAGCUCUAUUGAGUGAGAAUUCUCAAAACGCUUUUCGUAAAGGUGACGAUUCUACUCAGAGUACGGCUGACAAAGCUAAAGAAGACGAGCCAGAAAGGCAGGUGAACAAUGAAACAUUUGACCAGCAGAGUCAUGGAGAAGGGAGUAAACAUGUCACAAUUCAAAGUCCAUUCCGGGAAGAUGCCCCUGAGCAGAGUUUCGGGUCUCCCUCGCGAUCAAGGGCGCUUACUACUACAGAAGAGUCACCUGUAACAAAUGACCAUCCGUCUUCUAGAUAUUCACUUAUCGAUAGUCUUGAUCAGGUUAGGAAAAGUGAGCAGCUGGUAGACAGUUUGGAAAUAGGUAGAGAGACUGAUACAGGCUAUCCUAAUGCUAAAACCAAGAGACACAGCUCAAGUGAUCGCCACUCCCUACACUAUCCUCCACCAAACCCCGUGCAGUCUUCCACGGACCUGGCUCGACCAUCCAGCAGGACGGUACAGGAAGUGUUUGCGCCUGUUGAAGCAGAUUCCACGAGUUCCUAUUCUUCCAAAAGACUAAAAGGGCGAGACAGCAGUCAGAGGAUAUUGCUUCCAGUACGUAACACGUCAGAUCUGCCGCCUUCGUCCUCCCCACACAAAACCAAUGUUCAGAAUGAGGAUAAAGAAUCAUAUCACUUCAGUACAAAUGACACUGCACCGAUACGGGAUUUGCUGAAUGCAGAUGAUGAUGCAAAACCUGCGUAUCACGGUGAUCCUUUAAAUGCUGGUGAAACACGCGCUAACACUUCACACACAUAUGCAGUAUUGCCAAACGAAGAAUAUCAAGACAGAACAGUUGACAAUCCUGACAUAAACAUGGAGAACGCGGAACACGCAAAUCCCAAACGGAUGUAUGUUGAAUCGCCAACAUUCACUCCACAAGAAGAAGAAGAGUAUAGGUUUGUCCAGAGUCGUCUGGAUGACCAUGAUGAAUUCAGAGAUAAUGCCACUUACCGUGAGUUAGACCGCAAUGCCCUGAAAGGGGACAAAGAUGUUGAUACGCAACUAAACGAUGACAGGGAGUUGACACAAGAGCCAGUUUACAUACCAAGAAAGCCGUCUCCAAAGCAGUACGUAAUGAGACCUUCGUCACAGAAACCCAAUUCCGCCUCUAACACAAGGGUUCCGAGCAAUGUGCCCGAACGUAAAGCACGUUUUUCCCGAGGAACUCCAGUACCGUUUGUGGCAGAUAGUUUGGAGACGAGCACCGAAGACUCGGAACUAAUACGAGAGCGAAGCUACCAAAAACACUUACAAGAGAGACUGGCACAACAAGUUCUUACUGACGCUGAUAUACUUAUACCAAGACUAAAUCUGCCAGACGAAAGUGUGGAGUAUGUCAGGGAUUCUCUUGAUUAUGACGAUGACGAUACCUACAGAGACACGGAGAGGACGGAUGACGAAUAUGCUGUACAGGAUAAUGGCGAGUGGGUCAAUCCUCCCGCGAACCCCUACCAAUAUCAGAACGCUCAACAACCAAGACAUCAUUACGGCACAUAUCAGACUGAUUCCAGUCAGUAUGAAAACACUCAUCCUGGUCAUCAGCAGAUGCCUGGAUAUCCUUUGGAACAGGUAGAGGCUCCACAUCAAGGUUAUAACCAAGCCAUGUAUAUCCAUCAAGGACAGAUGCAUUACCAAUCUCAGUCUGACCCAAAUGAAGGCUUUGUUCAGGAUCAACAGUACCACCCGCAUCAACAGCAACCACAAGACAGCCUGGCUCGAUACCCAACGCAAACAGAGGCUGAGUAUUUUAUUGAAUUGCCGCAGAGUCAGAUGAAUCAACACUCCAGGAGUCCACGGAGACCUGUUGUAGAUUAUAUAGAGAGGAACAAGCAAAACGUCUUUAAAAGCAAACAAGGAAGAUCUUAUGGUGAGAUGAAGCAAAAGAAGUUUGAGCUUGAGCAACAAAAGAUUGAAAAACCGGUCUUGCGGAAUGUUCAGAAAAUUGGGAACGCCGUGAAGAGAAGAGAACAACAGACGGACAGUGAUACGGACAGUGUUGUUCAGGAGAGUACAAAUCCUGAGGCAACAUGGAAGAACAGAUCAGCCUCUCUGGCUCAACAGAAGCAAGUGAAGGGGAAAGGUAAAAAAGUCGGAAAACUACAGAAAUACCCAACAGACAGUGGAUUUCUGCCUUCAAAAAGUGGCACACGUGGGUACGAACAGAAAGAUUUUCCUGACAAUCGCGCACAGGAAGAACGUGGGGCCUUAUCAACAGGAGAUCUCUCCCCGUCACGGAGACCGCUCAUGUUGAAGCCGAUCACCCAAGAAGUUUGGACUGAAGAUGGUCAACGAAUUAGUGUUGACAUCAACCUUAAGUUAAUGAGCCCACCUCCUACACAUGGUUCCCCACCUUUUAUGGCCAGGCAACACCCGUUAGGCCCCAUUGUGCCUGGUGAACAUGACCCUAAUGCCCAAGUCAUGUACUCGGCUCGGGCCCCUCCAGCUGACUGGCAGCAAGGGUCACGACACGUGUCGCAAUUUCAUCAAGGCCAGGUGGGUUAUCGUCAGAUUUCACCACAUAGGCAGGUUGCCAGAGAACAGGUUCAUGGGAAUUAUGAGACAACUGUACCACACGCUGUUUACCAUUCUGAUGGACCACCACAGCACCAUCCUGUUAAAUCUGACUUUGAUAAAUUCAGGAAACAUCAACACAAUACUGAACAGCAACAACUGGUUCAGCAACAAAUCUAUCAACAACAACUUGCCAAAAAGCACCAGCUGCAACAGCAGCUCCAGCAGCUCCAGCUCCAAGAACAAGUAAUGGAUGAAAACCAAGCUUACCACCAGACUUAUGGACAGGAGAUGUAUGAUGGUGACUACCUUAGUCCGCGGGACCAGACAGACGCUCCGGUUAUGGAUUCACCCUACCCAGGCACGACUGCGGACGUGAACCCCUAUAACAGGAUACCCCCGAUAGUAACCAGCCCAAACCGAAAAAAAUAUACACAGCCGAAAGAAUCACCCCAAGGAUAUGUGAACCAGUUCUACGAAAAAAAGAUAAAGGAACAGCGGAAACCGGACUACAAGGUGUACACGAUCGACGAUUACCGAAAGAUGCAGAAGGAGGUUCGUCUAGGCGGAUUGGGACCUGAUUUAGACAACGAAUCCUACAAAGACAAGGCUGGGAAGAAAGUCCGCCAGGAGAAUUACGCGCGUGAGGUUAUGAUGAGAAACAAACAACAUAUCCCGAAGUCUAAGCCUCCCAGUUAUCCCCGGAUGAAGGAGACGGAUGACAUCUUGCCAAAGUCCCUAGUGGCCCGAGAAUAUGCCAAAAAUGUUCCAAAGCCAAAAAUUCGACCGAAGGAGGACCAGUACAACUCAUACCAAGCCUCUGCGCAGAUGUCUCCCAUUGCUCCACGCAAACCGCUCAAGUCAUCCGGUGGUUCCCCACGCCCGUCCUCAAAUACUAACUCACCCACCAAAACCAUUGACGUCAUAGACCUGCAGAAACUGCACGACCGCCAUGAGCGGGACAAACAGAACGUAGCUAUGAUUCGACAGAAUAUGGAAAUUAUGUAGGGACUCUCACGCCUGGGGAAGGUUUUAGGUAUUGUUUUCAGGCUUUUACUGUUAUUCAUAAGUAUUACUGCAGUUUGUGUACCUUAGAACCUAAGGUUGCCGUGUGUUUUCCUCAGUAGACCUAUAUUCACUGUUCUGUGAUAACAAUUGUUGUAAGCUAUGCAGUGAGUGUUUAACACUGUAUGUGACAGUCAUAUCACAUCUUCCCAUAACCAUGUCAUCCUUCAUCCAACACAUCUGUAAAUUCCCCAUUCUGUGAUCCUACCGUGUUUUUCAGACCUAUGCAUUGUAUCGUUUAUUUCAUGUCGAUUUCUCUGUGAUAGUGCAUGUAGGCCUAAUUUUACCAACAUGUUUCAUAUGUUGAGUCAGAUUUGAGCUCUGCGUAGUAUAACAAGUAGUUAGAUUUUGUAUAUAUCAUUUUUCGUAGAACGUUUUUAUUGUAAUGGUGUAUUGGAAUACUACCAAGAAUUAUUGUGCAAGUUCGCUGCAACUGUUAGCACAGUAAUUGAAAUGUAAACGUGUUGGGCAUGAAUUGCUGCGUGUAUAGAGUUAGGGGCCAUGUAUGUGUUAUUUAUUUCUUAUGACCUCCCAACAGUAUAGGUCGUGUAUAGGUAAAGCAUUGUAUGUGUGUGUGUUUGUAUGUAGUCCGUACAGAACAACUCUUGCUCCAAGCCACGGAGACCUCAGACUUUUCUUAUUUGUAUGUCGUUUUCUGGUCGAACGCAGAGAGCACGCACACACUUAGUAGGUCAUGCCUAAAUUUUAUUGAAAAGGUCCCUCAUAUACCAGUGGUAUUUUGAAAUAAAAAUUUUGCGAUGCACUUUUACAUGAAGGAGUUAGCUAGGGCUUCUAGGAAGGGUUAUAUCUAGACUUCAGUUUUAGUUUACCGCUAUGAGAUACAGUCAUUUAAUUUGUCUAUAUUGACAGAUAUAGUCGUUUAAUUUAUCUAUAAUGAGAUAUAACCUACAUGGCCGGUUGUUCAGAAGUGUUUUAAGACUUAACACCAGAAUUACCUGUAAGCCAAGUUUGUACUUUUCCCUAAAAUAAUUACGCAACAGUAUAUUAAACUAAAACUGCUGCUGUUAUACUUUGACUUUGAACAACUGCAUCUGCUGCUGAGUUUGGCUAAAAUUCUAGAUUUAAAAUUUGACUUAACACCAGUACUAGCUAACACACUUUGGAACAACUGACCCCGAUUUGCAUCAUGCAUUGUGAUACAGUAUUAUGCAUGUGUAUAAUCAUAUCCGUGGAUUAUAAUCGCUACAGGAGGUGUACAGCAGAUGUAUCCAGCAGGCGGAACUUGAUUACAGAUUAAUUAUGUCAUAGUAGAUGCAGUGGUAGAUUUAACGAUUCAAACCAAACAUUUUAUAACGAUUGC